AUGCCUCAAAUUUUGUCAGACAGUAUUUCGUCUACAGAUUUUGAUGAUUUGGAAGCUAGGAGGCUCGAAAUCCAGAGAUUUCUCAAAGCAAACGUCGCGUCCGAAGUCAGGAACGGGAGGAUACUGAAUGGAAGAUUCCUCUAUUACAAUGGUUGGAAAUCCAUGAAUUUACAAUCGGCAUUCAAAUCGUCUAUCUUUGCAGUCAUGGCCCAAAUAUUUUUCGGAGAGAUGGCUACUGAGCCAGAAUUUGCCGCGGCGUUAUCUCGAUAUCCUCGAGAUCUAGGGCUCUCCGCGUCUACGAAACAAUACGCUCCUCGUGUCAUAGCUCCAAUCAUUGAAUUCAUAAUGACGAGGAAUGAAAGCGCAAAGCAAACUUUAGCUCGACGGUUGACGCUUGUAAUAGAUCAAUCGAAGACAACGAAAGUGCAUGGCGUCCUUCAAAGUUUGAUCACAUCUGCAAGAUCGAAAGCAGACGUAUCAUGCCCAUCAAUGGCGCUCGCUGAAACCAUUCUCAAUUUAUGGUUGAUUGCGUCUCAUCAAUCAUUACUCGUACUUGUUUACACUGUCUUCCGAGCCUGUACUCGAAUACUGGAUGGCGAAAAAAUGAGGAGAGAAAUCGGAGACCAAGACCAGCGUACCUGCGAUAGCUUAAAUAGUCUACCUUUGCUGCACAAAUUUAUGAUGCAAGCGAUCGAAGACAACUCUUUCAUCAAAGGCAGCAUAUCGGCAGACUUGUUGCCAGAAUCACAAGGCGAGUCCAAAAGUGUGAUGUCUUCAUCACUGACCGACACCGACUUCAAAGCUGCGGCGAAAACGAGCAGGCCUCUUGUGUUUCUCGCUGCCAAGAUAACAGUUUCUCAUUUCUUGACUAAUUUCAACGCCCGAAUUGCAGAAGAGACAUCGUUACAUCUGAAAGAUAGUGUGGGUAAAAGCCUGCAGGCAUCGGAGAUCAGGAUUCUUGUUCGUGAUAGACACUAUAUUGAGGAAAAUUACUUGUAG